AUGGAAUCGGAGCCGGCCUCCAAGGAAGCCACGGCGCCAAUAAGCCCGUUUAGUUUCCGCUGGGUUGGUGCGCCGGAGGCUGCGCUUCCUGUGGUGCGGACAUUCCUCCAGGAUGUGUCGGAUCAAUUGCACUGGGCUAUAGAUGUGGGUGGAGUGCGCGAGGUUGUGUUCCAGCAGGUUUUACCACCCUUGCACACGGUCUUGUCAGCCCUACGGCAUAUCAGAGCCGUACCGUCCAUCUCCAUUGAUGAGCUCGCCACCCACGAGGGAGACCUAUCGCGUCGCGCACAGGAGUUGGAGCUGGUGGCAAUGCAAAUUCACACCGUCGUCCAGGGGCUCAAAUCGAAGCUCGACUGGGCGGAAGAUCCUCGGGACUCAAAAACACAUCUAGAAUCGAUGCCCCCUGAAGCAGUUGCGAUUCUUGUGAAAAAGCGUUAUGAUCAGCUCCACGACCGCGCCGAGCAAUAUGCACACUUGAACUGCAAGCUGUGGGAGGACUCCCAGAACUUGGCGCUGGAGGUCAACCGGCUAGAAGAAGCGGUGGAAAUCCUCAGGGACGGGCUGAAGCUUGAAGAGGAAUGCCGACGCGCCAUGGAAAUGUCAGUCAACGAGGAGAUGCAGCGCGAGAGAGCCAGGAUGGCGAGUCGUGAGACUCAAUUCAGUGAGGUUCAGGAGCAGCUACGGCACAAAGAGAAAUUGGUGCAAGAGGCCAAGCACACGGAGGCCCGACUCGGGGACGAGCUCCAGUCUGAGAAAGAAGCCAGGCACUCCGUAGUGAAGGAGCGGGACAACCUUGCCGAGUCUGUCAGGAGGCUGCUGACAGACCUUGAUGCCACACGGAAGGAACUUCAGGCGCAGGCGCAAAGGAUACGGAGCGUCCAGCAAGAAAAUGAGGACCUGGCCUGCGCUAACAUGGAACUCAGGGCGAAAAACUUGUCAUUAGGAGCAGAAGUGCAAGCCAGGAUCGAGGACAAGAAAAUCCUGCGAGCAGAGCACGGAAAAGUUGUGGCGAACUUGGAGGCAGCGCAUGACAAAGCUAUGAAGGACUUGGAGGGAGCGCAUGGUAAAGCUAUGAAGGACUUGGAAGCAGUACAUGAACAUGCUGUGGCGAGUCUGGAAGCAGCGCAUGGCACAGUUGUGGCGAACCGGGAAGCAGCGCAUGGCAAAGCUGUCGCGGGCUUGGAGGCAGAGCAUGGCAAAGCUGCGAAGGACUUGGAAGCGGCGCAUGGCAAAGUUGUGGCGAACUUGGAAGCAGAGCAUUCCAAAGUUGUGGCAAACCGGGAAGCAGCGCAUGGCAAGGUUGUGGCAAGUUUGGAGGCAGAGCAAGGCACAGUGGCGAACUUGGAAGCAGAAAAUCGCGCUUUGAAGCUCCAAUUGCGACUUCAGACAGACAGGGCGAACACCGCACAGCGGGAGAAGCUGGAGAAGGACAAGGAAUGCACACACGUCCGAGCGAUGCUUGCAGAGGCACAUGCACAAUAUGGACGUGAAAGAGUCUCGCACCACAAAGCAAACCUCGAGCUCACGGCCUUGCGAGACCAGGCUGCAGGGUCCGAAAGGGACGCCAGUCACGAAACAGACCUGACGCUUCAGAUUCAGGAAUUAGAAUCAAGUCUCGCGAACGAGAGCCUCUUACGCCACAAAGAUAAGACCGAGUACGAGGCCGCCCGGGAAUCAAUGUCUGCAAGGCACGCGAAAGAAAUCAGUACUCUCAAACUUGAUCUGGAUCAACUGGGGCAGAAGCUUGAAGACGUGAUGGUGCAGCACGAGAGGGAGAUCUGCACAAAAGAUGCAGACCAUCAUUCGACGCUGACAGCUGCGCAGAAAGAGACAGAAGCAGCACUACGCAAGGCGUCUCGUCUGGAGAAAACACUUCAAGAGCGGUGCAAGCGAUACGAAGGCCAGAUUCGCCGCCAAGAUGCUGAUCACGCGUUCAAGAUGGCCACUGCACAAAGCGAAGCCAGAGAAGCACAGAACGCCGCAUCACAUCUGCGCACUGAACUUGAACAAGCCAAAAAGGCACAGAAGGAGGCGUCCACCCUGCGCAAGAAACUUGAAGAGCUGCGCAAGCAGUCUCAGGCGGAUCCGAAAUCCAUACAGACCCUUAGCACUCCUUCCACUGCCGGAACCAAACGGCAUCUGCCAGCGACGAACAACUCCGCCGUGGAAGAGAACAGGCCCCCGAACAGGGACCCUGAGAAUGUGAUGGAUGGUCUCCUGGUCGCGGGGCAGGGCUCUCGUUACGAGUCACCAGCCAUUCGAGACGCGGGUAUCAACCUGAUCUGCGAAGACUCUGCCUUCUCUCGGACCCAGACAUCAAAUCCGUCAAGGAAACGAGGACAUACCGAUCUCGAGCCGGCUACUCCGACCCUGUCCAACGCGAAGCGGCCCUAUCUCCAAAACCACACACAAAAGGUGACGGCGACAAUUGAAAUCAUCCCAUCAUAUGCCACGCCUGCCCCUUCCCCGUUGAGCAGUCCCGCGGGCAAGCCAGACCAGCCGCACGAGCACCCGGUGUCUGUUCCCCAGCACGUUACGCCUAUGUGGCAACGUCCGGAGCCCGUCCACGCAUCCGCACAUGCGCCCAAAGCCAGCGCGGAUCUAACUCCCCAGUCACGCCCUGGCAGUAGAAAUGGUAUCGAGAAAGAGGCUCUCGUUCGACCGGAGGCUCAACGGCAAUACCAAUCCAGGCCGCCAGACUCUACGCCCUCUCCUCAACUCCCGAUGCGAGGUGCUGGCGAAGGAAGCAUAAGCCCAAGAACGAUCCACCCGUUGAUGCCUCCCACCUGGGCAGACUUACGGAUCCCAACAACAUCUAUGCGCACCUUGCUACCGAAACCGAUCCGGCUCCGUCCUUGGACACCACCCCCAGAGUGA